CGUGAAUUUUUUGUGUUUGGCUGUGAGAGUAAGAUCUGAAUUUCUUCCGCGUGAAUUAAACGCGCGAAAAAUGUAGCGACGGAUUGACGCGCCGUCUUGCUGUCUGUGGGAUUCAACGAGUAAAUUCUCGAACUUGCGUACACUUGUGAUAAACUUUAGGAGAGGGAGAGUAAAAGUGGGCGGAUCGCGACGCACUUCGCCGACAGGUCGAUGAAUAAGAAUCGCGUGGAAUCGCGCGUCUCGCGUAAGAGCACGACGAGUGAGACGUCAGGAUGCUGAGAUUCCUCUCGCGACGAAGGGCGCGUACCGGCAGCCAGACAACUUCAUCGCAGAUAAAAAAUCAGAGACUACCCAGCAACAAAAAUCAGGUGCAGUGCAGAGUGGUGCUGCUGGACGGCACGGAUUUGCCCAUAGAGCUAUCAAAAAAAGCAUUGGCUAGUGACUUAUAUGAGCAAGUAUUUUAUAGUCUAGACUUAAUAGAGAAAGAUUACUUUGGCCUACAGUAUACAGAUAGCAAUAAUGUUCAACAUUGGCUUGACCCAACAAAGCCUAUCAAAAAACAAGUCAAAAUUGGACCACCAUACACGCUCAGAUUGAAAGUAAAAUUCUAUUCCUCGGAACCGAACACACUUCGUGAGGAAUUAACACGGUAUCAAUUCUUCCUGCAAUUGAAGCAAGAUGUUUUAGAAGGCAAACUUCACUGUCCUCAUCAAGUUGCAGUUCAGUUGGCUGCUCUGGCUCUUCAAUCUGAAUUGGGAGACUAUGAUCCUGCUGUGCACAGUGCUGCGACCGUCUCUGAAUUUCGCUUUGUACCGGGACAGACAGAACAGAUGGAACUAGAAAUACUGGAGGAGUAUAUCAAAUGUUCUGGUCUCAGUCCAGCGCAAGCGGAAUCCGCUUAUCUCAGUAAGGCUAAGUGGCUGGACAUGUAUGGCGUCGAUAUGCACACCGUUCUUGGCAAGGACGCCUGCGAGUACUCUUUGGGAUUGACGCCGACCGGCAUCCUGGUUUUCGAAGGCACACAGAAGAUAGGCUUGUUCUUCUGGCCGAAGAUCGGUCGUUUGGAUUUUAAGAAGAAAAAGCUGACGCUAGUGGUGGUCGAAGAGGACGACGAAGGCAGAGGUGAGCAGGAACACACCUUUGUGUUUCGUUUGGUGAACGAAAAGGCAUGCAAGCACCUAUGGAAAUGCGCGGUAGAGCAUCACGCUUUCUUCCGUCUGCGCGCACCCGUCAAAGGCGCUAGCGGUCGUCAAAACUUUUUCCGCAUGGGCUCGCGUUUCCGCUACAGCGGUAAGACGGAGUUCCAGACGACGCAGCUCAAUCGCGCCCGCCGUACCGUGCAAUUCGAACGACGACCGAGUCAGAGAUACGCGCGACGACAAAGUCAUGUGCUUCGUGAAAGACAGCGUCAACAGCAGCAGCAGGUGGAACAACCGCAACCGUCUCCGCCUCCAGCCGAGGAAGAGCCUCUACAGCGUCAGUCGAGUCGAUCCAGUACAAAAUCUUCGGACUCAUCGAGCGUUCAAGGCACAUCAUCGCCUCUGGUAGAUUCUCUGUUGAAAUCUCUCGCCAAGGAUCAACAACCUUUGGAGGCUCGAAAUCAAGCGACGGUCGUUAACAGCGAGAAAGAAUCGGAACCUAUGAAGACAAGUUUGACGGUCGAGGCGAUGACCAGUCAAGUGCAAUUAGUGCCUAAUAAUCAAGUUGGCGGAACAUCAUCGUUACCGCCGCGAACGCCUAUUCCGCCGGAGUCGCUGAAAUGUAACAUAUUGAAAGCGACUCUUGAACAGGGCAAGAAUUCGAAUUUGGUCUCCAUUACGUCGACCGACGGUCCUGGAAUCACCGCGAAAAAAAAUCAACACGCGGACGCAGCAACGAUCGUUUCAGUGGGCGGUGAUAAACUGACUCUCUCUGUGAGCGGAGCUACAACGGCAGUAAAUCCUUCUACGGACGAUGCCGUAACCGUAACACAUUUCUCGUUAGACAGCUGGGGUCAAAUCGAGCAAAAAACCACACCGUUAAGCCCGAAAGUGUCCAAUCAAUCGCAAAAUCCAUUCAAUCCGUUCACCAAUGACACUACUAGCAACGAAGUAUCGAACACGCUUGAAGUUUCCGAGGAGGAAGCAAAGCCAGAAGACGAUAAGAAAAAGAACACCAAUCCGUUUAUAGACUCAAAUCCAUUUUUGGGUAUACUUAAUCCUUUCAAAGAUUUACAACCCGUCACAACGGAGAAAAAAGCGGAGACAGAUACGGAAAAAGUUGGAGCACGAGUUGUUAAGACCGAAGAGAUACAGACAACUACUACUACACUGACACACAAGGACGAAAACCAAGCAGCUUCAGCUAUUAGCCCGUGGAUGGUGGCGGAGCCGUCUCAGAGCCCAGUACCUGAUAAAACACCAACCAAGCAUACAGUUAUCACAAGAAAAACGGUAAUUACCACACAAUUAUAAAAUGUUUAUUUAGGAAUACAAAGGAAAGAAGAUCUAUAUGUACACAAUAUAUAUGCGAGAGAAAAUAGCACCAACAUAUACAUUUUACUCCGGUCUUCCUCGGACUGCCUUUUUUUACUUGAAAUGCUUAGAAAAUGUGUGCGGUGUUAGUACAUAUAAUUGAAAAUCAGACGCAUAAAAGUAUUUGUUUAAAAAAAAUACCUUUUAUAUGGUAAAGGUAUCUAGUUGUACUUAAGUUGUAC